UUUCAUUCCCGGAAGUGGCUGCCACCGCCUCGCCUGUGACCGGCGGGGACUUCAACACCCCCUCCCCCCGGGAACGGAGCGACCUGCCCGCCUCCGUUCUCCCCCGGUUUAGACUCCUGCACCGGGCGGCCCCAGGCGGAGCUCCCCCUCCCCCACGGCGGAGCUGCAGCGGGAGGCCCAAGGCAGAGGCGCCCCAGGCGGAGCUGCAGCGGGAGGCCCAGGGGAGGAGGGUGAGAGGACCCUGUAAUCAGCUCGCCUGGGAAGCCGCGAAGACCUCGGGCCUGGCUGUGGCUGGAGGAGGGCAGCAGCACCAUGGAUUUCUGGGUGCAGUUCAGUGCCCAGAGCCAAGCCAAGGAGCGGGUUUUCAGGUGUGGUAUCAGCCCAGCAAAAUAUGUGGGGGAAGUCUGGGGCCGAACAAGCCAAGGGUUGCCGAGCCGCUCAGUAUGCCUGCACUUUGCUCGGCUACACACUGCAGAAGAAUGGAGCGAGUGCUGAUUUCCUCAACAGGAUCAAACAGCUCGAGGCUCACAUGAGCCUGGGGCGCAAGCUGUUCCGGCUGGGAAACUCAGCGGAUGCCCUGGAGUCGGCGAAGCGAGCCAUUCACCUCUCAGAUGUGGUCUUGCGCUUCUGCAUCACCGUCAGCAACCUGAACAGAGCCAUGUACUUUGCCUGUGACAACAUCCUGUGGGCGGGGAAGUCGGGCCUUCUCCCUCACAUGGAUCAGGAAAAGUGGAGCCAGCGGUCCUUCAGAUAUUACUUCUUUGCGCUGAUCCUGAACCUGAGCAGGGACGCCUACGAGAUCCGGCUCCUGAUGGAGCGGGAGGCAUGUGGGAAGCGUCCGAAGGGCAGCGAGACCAGGCACGUGCUCCGAGCAGACAGCAGUCUCCAGCAGCUGGUGCUGAGGCUGAAAGUCCAGCUGCACCUUCUUGUGCACGUGCUGAGGAGCAACCCGCCUCUGCUUGUGGACGUGGUGAAAAACGCCUGCGAUAUCUUCAUCCCAUUGGACAAGCUGGGGCUGUACAAGACCAACCCGGGCUUUGUGGGGCUGUGCGGCCUUACCUCCUCCAUCCUCUCUAUCCUCACCAUCGUUCAUCCCUGGCUCAAACUUAAACCUUAACAGGGAGGACUCGCUGGUUGGUAGAGAGAUGUGAAGCCUUUGCCUCUAUGUUGCUGGUUCAAGGCCAGCUCAUGAUGUUAGGGGCCCAAGGUUGCUACCAUCCAGUGGCUGGUACACACUAAAUUUCGGUGGUGGGGGCUCGAUCCUGUGAUAGAACAAGCAUUCACGGUCCAUCACCAGAAUUGAUACUAAUUCACAGCCUUAGCCAGGGACUGGAUGAACCAUAGAGACUGAGCUCCCUUCUUGUCCCUACAGGAGUUCCGUGCCUCGGUUUCCCCAUCUGUAAAGCCAGGAGGUAGCAAGUAGGGAGGCCUUUGUUGCUGCUGCCCGUGUUCUACCUGGUCUAUGGAUACAGAGUGGACUUCGGUCUCCGUGGCUGGUCCAUCUGCCACCUUUCAUGUGAAAGUCCUUUUUUAAAUAUAACACUUGAAGUAUUGUGAGUAACAAGUGCCUGGAGUUCGUGGCUAGAGACUCCUGGGGUGAAUUGCUAAGCCCCGGUUUAUUAGGCAUGCCAGAUAACUUUGAAAGGUGCCGGGGAAGCUCGCCGAGUAGUGGCACUUAACAGUGAUGACGUGGUAUGUCCUAGCGUGCGCUGGCGGAGUGCAGGCUGCAGCAUUUCCAGCCGUUUCCUUUGGAUGCCGUGCCUGGAAACCGUGGAUUUUCCUGCUGCCCUGGCAGCAACAUUAGGUUAGGUUUGAUGGUAGGAAAAUGAAGGUAAACAGCAAUAUUCAGUCUCUCCUCCUGCCUCUCCUAUUUGUUUCAGCCUGGCUCUGUUUUUCCAUUGUUUAUAAAGCACACAGGGAUGUUCAGGCAUGGAGCGUGGUGACCUGUGAAAGCGGGUAAGUGAAACUGACAUGAUCCGCACCAAUUUGCAGCAAUGGGUAGAGACCGUAAGAUGGGGUGUAAUCUCAGCGCAGGGACAGGACUGAGGACUCCUGGUUCUGUUUUUUUUUUUUUUUUUUUUUCCCCUUGUGCCCUGAAUGACUGUGGACCUUCAUGUCUCUGUGCCUCACUUUCCCCAUCUGUAAAGUAGGAAUAACACAGACCUACCCUCCUGUUCACCCAGCUAGCCAAAUGCUCACCCAGCUGUUUUUUUUAAUGGCUUCUUUGGUGUACUUUAUUAAACUGGAGAGGAGGAGAAAACAAAUGGUGCAAUGCUACCUUUGAAUGGAAAUCUGUAUUGAGAUUGUUUUCAUAAUAAACGUAUGUGCUGAUCUGAAA